AUGGGUAGAUGUCCCAUCACAUAUUUCAACUUGAAAAAAGACUACCCCGUUACUAUGGACAGUGAACUAAAUGACGUAGACACCGCUUUCGACGUGAAAAUGAUUUUCAUAGGAAACGACAAAAGUCCUUCACAGCGCAUUGUUGAUUUAUAUCUUCAAUCCAUAGAGACGGUCUUUACUACUGCAGCCACAGACGAUGACGUGAAACCCUGUGAAGCGACUAUCAAUGGUCGACAAACUCGAUUAUCUCUCGCGUGUUCCGAUGGUAAAGACAAGUAUAGAAGUCUUACUACCACCUACUUUAAACACACCAAAAAGGUCUUUCUGACAUAUUUACUAUCUAACGUGGAGAGUGUCACCGCCUUACAAUUUUGGCUUCGCGAAGUGCAAAGAUAUUGCGAUCCAGACGUCUCUAUUAACAUCUUGGGGUUCGGUACUAUCGCUCCAGAAAAUAACGCAACACUCAAUAAGGCAAAAGCCUUUGCGGACGAAAAUAGACUCAACCAUGAUACCCUAAAUUAUGAAAAUAACGACUUGGCUAAAGCUUUCAUGAAAAAAACAGUCGAGGACGCAGUACCACCGGAACAACCAGAAAACGAUGGUGAUAAAAAACAUGGGGGAUGCUGCGCUAUUUUGUAG